AUGAAACUUGUAGGCUUAACAGGCGGAAUAUCCACAGGCAAGUCAACCGUCUCUCGACUAUUAGCAGAACAAGGUAUACCCAUUAUUGAUGCAGACAAGAUUGCACGAGACGUCGUUGAACCUGGAACAAAGUCAAAUACACUCAUUCGUCAGCAUUUUGGAGAUCAAGUUUUUUUGAGUGAUGGUCGUAUUGAUCGACCCAAACUGGGCCAAAUCAUCUUUCAAGAUCCUGAAAAACGCAAGAUAUUAAACAAAUGUACACAUCCUUAUGUCCGAUUAGAAAUGCUAAAACAAGCGUUUAAAUAUUGGCUAAGAGGUGCAGACCUUGUGGUAUUUGAUGUGCCUUUACUGAUUGAAAGCAAGCUGGAUAAAUUUAUGAGUUAUACAGUGGUUGUAUACUGCUCAGAUAAUUUGCAACUGCAACGAUUAAAAAAAAGAGACAACAUAACAGAUGAACAAGCUAUGCAGCGUAUCAAGGCACAGAUGCCCAUGUCAGAAAAGGUAGAAAAGGCAGAUAUUGUGAUUGAUAACUCGACAGAUUUAAAGCAGCUUGAGAUACAAGUAAAAAAUAUGGUAAACAAGGUUCGACCCUCUACAUUGACUUGGUUAUUGGAAUAUGCUGGACCUCCUCUCGCGGUUACUAUCACACUCUAUUUCUUUACACAGUUUGUGCCUUAUUUAUUACGUUCUGUAGGCGAUGUGAUUGCUACUUUAAAAUGA